CCGUGCUCAAAGCCAACAACGACACACCUCUCCCUUCAAAAUGUGGCAGGAAUCUUAUACGCCUUCCCCCCCAAUUCAAACAGCGAAUGGCUACGAGUUUCGUAUCCGGUACUUGGAAGAGGUCGUUCACCAUCUGUUAGCUGGAACCAACCCACCUCAACCACCAUCUAUCUCCUUGGCCCCACUGACCAGCUCAUUCCGCUACUCAGCGGAGCGAGGUCUUGUACCCUUGUUAUCGGAUUCAGCAGCAAAAUCACUGGCAAAUGCCCGAUCGGGCAAUCACUUGACCUACCUCUCUCAGGCACCCUCCAACGAAAUUCACAAAACCCCGCCCACUCAAAAUCUCAUCUCUCGUCGGUCCUCCUCGCUACCAACUCCCAAGUCUUUCCAAUCAACAGCGAAGGCCCCUUUAAGGACAUCGUUGCAGUCCUACACCGAUUGUCACCCCCGACGACCCUCUGCUUCCUUGGAUCGCUUGUUAAACUCUAAAUCACAAUCAAAUUCCUUCUUCCUCAGGGCUACCAAUGCCCAGUCCCCUCUUUCGGGCAUCUGCUCUUCACCUCCAGACACGAAAAUGUCGGCGCUGGAAACACACAAUCACACUGUCACCUCCUCGCCUUCCCCACAUUCAAUCAGUAUUGCAACCCCAAACCCGAGUCAACUAGGUUUCCUUGAUGUCGAUCGUUACACCAAUCAUCUCGAGAUUGUUUGUGGCCAGCCUUCCACCGAUUUUGUUCUCUGCCCUGAGGCACAUGCCUCGUCUACGAUGAUCCUAGAUGGACCUUCUACUGACGCGGUCUCUGUUCGCGAGAUUCCUUUAACAACUCAAGAUCCAACUUUGACCCAGCCCUUGCUCAAUCCUCCUGCUCUAGAUGCCAUCCUGGACACCCUCGCCUCGGAAAACAUUGCCUCGGAAAACAGCAUCACCAAAGCUUCAGCCCAAGAAGUCACUCAUAGCGAUCAUCCAAUUGGCAUUACUACCGCGACUGUUCCUUACAUCUUACCCAUUCCCAAUCAAAAAACUUUUGCACCUGACUCUGAAGACACCUCAAACUCACUCACACCCUCUGAGUCCUCCCCUCUCACCAAACAGAAAAACAUCCAAGACUCAAAAUUGCCAACCAGCACCAAUUCUCCAUUGGACCCAUCCUUGCCUGACUGCUCAUCCUCAUCCUGCUCUCUGACCCAUCCAGUGACUCCAAUUGCUCAACCUGACAACCUUGAGGUAGCUAUGGUUGGAGGCAUCAAAAUUUUGGAUGAUGAUGACAGCUCUCUAGAACUCCGACUGGCACCAGAAUUUUCACGUGAAACUCUAGAAUACUAUGAUGAUAUUGACAGCUACCUCAAACUGGCCAAUACAGUGGAGACUGAAAUGAAGACAAAGAAGAAAAAGAAGAAAAAGAAAAAGGCCGAUCCGCCUUCAACUUCUGACAACCCAGUUUUAUUUUAUGUUUGAUACCUUCACUCCCUGUCCCCCACACCUAUCCUCCUACCUUCCUCACCACCCAAUAGUCCCUCUCCCUAUGAAUUCUAUUUUUCUCAAUCUCCUCUCAGUUUUCCUUCCCAAAUCAGCCACCACCCCUGAUCUCUUCUAUGCAUCUCCCACCCACUUUCCAGUUUUCUCAGUUCUUGCUACUGUUAAUUUUCCCCUUCUUUAUUCUCUUUUAUAGGAGGGGAGACUGUAAGCCCUGCUCCUCACAGGCUUACACAAACCUGUCACAUGAUUACAUAAGCCUCUUUGGUCUUGUAUUUAGUCUCAUCUUCCCCUUCCCCUUCCUAGCUCGGUAGAGUUCUUCCUUCUACCGAUGCU